AUGGCCACCAAGGCGGUUAUGCAAGUUCAGUCGUCGCCAAGUCAUCAUCUGCAUCAUAUUAGAAAGAAUAAAUUUGGUGGACAGGACAAGAAAGAGGAGCUUGAAAGAGAGGUUGAAGUGCUACGGAAAAUGCUGGAUCAUGAAGAGAAGGUACACGAAUUUCUGGAACGUGUGUAUCAUCAUCGACCGGAUGGUAGCACAUCAUCAAAUUCCAAUAGUGGUAGUAGUAGCCUUUCCAUCCCUAAUUUCCUUCCUCCAAAGAUGAAAGAGCUUCUAGCUGAGUUGGCAAUGGUGGAAAAUGAGAUUACUAGAUUAGAAAGCCAAAUUAGCCAACUCAAAGCUGAUCAAUUGAAGCUCCAAAAGGAUCAACCACCACCACCUCCCAAAACAUCUCUAAACAGUUAUCAUGGAUCAAUAUCAAGCCCUCUUCCAAAUGGCUCCAAGGAAAUUCCAAAGGAGAAGAAGGUAGCAUUUGAAACCAAGGCCUUACAUUUCAUCAGCAAAGCCAUUAAAGGUGAUUACAAUCUGAGUGACUUCAGCAUUAGUGAAAAAGUAUUGAAGCCCAAAGUCUCUUCUUCAUCAUCAACAAACCAAAAGAAAGAUCCAAUAAUUGAAGAAGAAUAUUUUCCAGUUAAUAAGAGUAAUACCACAAUAAAAAAGAGUGGGAUGCUGAAACCAUCAUCGCCUAUGAGAGAGCCUAGGUAUUCUACACCAUGGAGAGAACGGAAUUCGGAAAUUCCACCAAAAGUAACAACAUCAACUCCUCCUCCUCAAGUCGGUCUAGAAGAAGAGAGCAUCCACAAAUGGGGUCCCAACAAAUUAUCAGAAAACAUCAUGAAAUGCCUGCUUUUGAUUUUUGUGAGACUACUCCGGACAUCCAGAACAAUGGAGCUAGAAAAAUCAGGCCCACUUUCAAGGUCCACAAACUUCUCCAUGAGCUUCAGAGCUGAGCCCAACUCAAGUAUCAAGAGUGGCCUUUUGGUACAGAAAGACUCAAGACAGCAAGAUCCAUAUGGAAUCUUUGACUCGGAUGAGUCCAUUACAAGAGACAUUGGCCCAUAUAAGAAUUUGGUCAUUUUCACAACCAGCUGUAUGGAUCCCAAGUGCAUCUCCAGUUCAAGCUCCCUCCCUCUAUUUCAAAAGCUAAAGAUAUUAUUGAAGAAUUUACAGAAAGUGGACUUGAGACACAUGGCUUAUCAUCAGAAAUUAGCGUUCUGGAUCAACAUGUACAAUGCGUGCAUUAUGCAUGCUUUUCUUCAACAUGGGCUUCCCUCUAAUACCAGCCCCGAAAAAUUAUUGACACUGCUCAACAAGGCUACCUUAAAUAUUGGAGGUACUACAAUGGCUGCAAGGGCAAUUGAACUUUCAAUUUUGAGGAAACCAACAUCAUUACUUAUGAAAGAGGUACUUGGAAAGGGUGAUCAAUCAGAGAGUAACAAGCUGAGGGAACGGUUUGGUUUUGAGCCAUAUGAUCCAAAUGUCACCUUCGCUUUGUGUUGUGGCACACGUUCGUCUCCAGCAGUAAAAAUAUACACUGCGGAUGGGGUGACGGCAGAGUUAGAGAAGUCCAAGCUAGAGUACUUGCAAGCUUCAAUAAUCGUAAUGAGUACAAGAAGGAUUGCAAUCCCAGAGCAUCUACUUCUACACAUGCAUGAUUUUGCUGAAGACAUUGAAUCAUUAAUGGAGUGGGUUUGUCACCAAUUGCCCACAUCUGGAUCCCUUAGAAAAUCCAUAGUUGAUUGCUUCAGGGGGAUUGCAAUUGGCAAGGCUUCCACCAUUAUUGACAAGAUUCCUUAUGAUUUUGAGUUCCAAUAUCUCUUGACAAUGUAA